CGCAUAAGAAAAGAAGAAAAAAAUAGAGAAUUCAACGUUAGCUAUGGAGAAUGAAGCGUUUGUAGAUGGUGAAUUACAGUCUCUUUUGGGGAUGUUUAACUUUGAUCAAUCCUCAUCUGACGACUCGAGCUUCUACAAUGAUCAAAAUCAUGAGAUUGAUGUUUUCUCUUCUAAUGAUUUCUUCCCAUUUGCUACAAUUCUUCAUGGGAAUAAAUCGGCCGUUCAUGAUGGUAUUAAUCACCAAACGAACCUUUAUCAGCACUCAAUACAAGAGCUCGUGAAACCAAUGAAGAAGCAAAAGUUAAGCCCGGAAAGCAAUUUGGUCACCGAGCCUAACACUACUUGGAGAGAUGGUCAGAGCAUAAGCAGUUUGAUCAAUAGUUCAGAUGAUGAGAAAUCUUUAGGUUCCAAUACCUCAAAAAGCUUUAAAGGCAAAGCAAAACCAAACAAACGGAUAGCUAAUGAUCCUCAGAGCCUAUACGCUCGGAAACGAAGAGAGAGAAUAAACGAUAGGCUAAAGACAUUGCAGAGCCUAGUUCCGAACGGGACAAAGGUCGAUAUAAGCACGAUGCUUGAAGACGCCGUUCACUACGUGAAGUUCUUGCAGUUGCAAAUUAAGCUCUUGAGUUCUGAUGAUCUAUGGAUGUAUGCACCUCUUGCUCACAAUGGCCUCAAUAUGGGAUUACAUCACAAUCUUUUGUCUCGGCUUAUGUGAAGAUAAAAUAUCAUUGAAGUAACAUAACUUAGUUGGUGUUUUGGUUUUUUCUGUUUAUGGUAUUUUGUUGUUCGAGUUGUUCAGUGUUUCUGUGUCAUUUCCAUUCUAUCAACUUCAC